UCUCCGCCGCCAUGAAGCGCCAGCUGCUGCGCCGGGAGCCCGCUUGCAUCAGCCGCGGUCGCCUCCUCCUCCUCCCGCUCCUCCCGCUGCUCUUUCACCUGCCGGGCGCCGAGUCCGCCUCGCCCGCGCCAUCGGGGCGCAUCUCGCCGCUGUCGCCCAGGAAGCCCUUGGCCAGAAGCCACCCACCAGCCUGGCUGCAGAAGGGGCCUACGGCAGAAGAGCUUUUGGGCAAGACAGCCAGGAUGUGGCCCGCCUGGAAGCCUCCCAUGGUGACGGCAAGAAGCCGGCUCCCCCUCUCCGUCCUCCCCAGGCACAGACUGGAUCCCCAGCAGCCUGGCAGCCGCCCCCUCCACUGGCUCCCGUGGACUCCAGCCCCCCGUCUAAAGCGCCAUGCAGCCCCCCGCCUGCACCGUGCGCAGCUGGUGCGUGUCGGCUGCGCCUUGGGCACCUGCCAAGUGCAGAACCUGAACCAUCGGCUCUGGCUUCUGAAGGGCCAGUUGGGACGUCAGGAAUCGGCCCCCAUGAACCCCAGCAGCCCCCACAGCUAUGGAUGAGGGAAGCAAUGGACCCUAGGACUGGAGAGGGUCUCCUGCUUCCCCCCUGGCAUGUCCCUGAGAAGUUGGCCUGGCCUCUCUGGUGGUCUUGACAGGGGUUGGUUUCUGCACUGAAGGGACACCUCCAUCCCCGCUGGAGGGGCCAUGAAGAAGCGACCAGGGCCCAAGCCCUGACUAUUGCCGGCUGAGAGGUGUCUUGGCCAUCCGAUGGAAAGGAGCGGAGCAGCAGACCUAGACUGCCCUACAGGAGAGGCGAGUGCAUAGGAGGUCUGGAAGGACUGGGCACAAUGUUACACCAAACACAACUCCCACAUUUCCACUUGUUAUGGAAAAAAAUAAACAUCUAUCUGAAGAAGUGUGCAUGCACACGAAAGCUCAUACCAAAAUAAAAACUUAGUUGGUCUUUAAGGUGCUACUGAAGGAAUUUUUUUAUUUUGUUUUGUCAAGAGAGUUAUCCUAUGCAUUUGGGGGUGGGGCUCAGGCCAUGCCCAUUUCUACAAGGAAGUACCCCCCACAGUAAAAAGAAAUGCCAGACUCCCCGCCCCUCCGGAUGUCCCUUGAGCCUCAAGGAAGGUUUCUUGAGGCUCGGCAGGGGCAAGCAGUCAGCUCAAGAGCCAAACACCCAUCGAAGCAAACUGAAGGAUGUGAGAACAAGGCAGCCAAGAGACCGGCUUCCUUUUUUAAAAUUUAUGCAAUGUAUUUCUAUUUUGCCCUGCCAUCAAACAACAGGGUGGUGUACAACAAUAAAAUGUAAACCAUUUUAAAA